AACAACUAUUUACAUGUUCCAUGGUUUCGCCCUUGGCGUAUCUUCUACUGCGUUCUUCGAAUUGGCAUUGAGAUGAAGUAUUACUGUACCACCCUCUUCAAUUCCAUGUUUCGGCUUUAGAAGACUUAUAUUUUACGUUUUACUUAUUUAAAAAAGCGUAGAUCAACAAUUUAAAUUUUAGUUAGUCUGCAGAUCACUGAAGUGAAUAAAACACGCAAAAUAAUAGUUCACAAGCUGCCAUGAUAUAGCUCAAAACAAAACUUGUUCUAACACACGAGAAAUUUGGUUGUGUUUUUCUAUCAUUCAGGGUGCUGUACGAGAGUGUUUAUGUGAUGGUGUUAUUAAAAUUUCUUUGAAUGUGUUGGAGUUUCAGUACCCAUGACUUGCUGGGAAUAUAUUAAAAAAAUCGAAUUUCCAAAUAUGUAAGUUAACGCGAAACGCUGGCAGUCAAGUUACAUAGUCUGUAUUGUCUGUCUAACAGAACAAUGCCAACAGCAAGUAUCGUGAAAUUCGCUGACUCAACAUACUCCCAACGGCUACGACAGAUAACUACAGCGAGUGCAGCGACGGUAGCGUAGGUUAAGCUAUAGUUGUGGCGCUCAACGUGGGGCUGGCAGAAUCGUAGAAUGACGGAGAAAUAUCCACUAAAUCUAAAUAAAUACAAUGGACCACGCAGCAUUAAAAUUAAUAUGAGUUGUGAUGUCUACAAACGUGGGCUGCAUCAAAUAUGGCAGAGAGGCGUGUCUCAUCUGUGGCUAGCGGUUUGUGUUUAUAUUAUAUUAACAGCGCAGUUGGUUAGCACUGAGUUAGCUAGGGAUAUUGAUCAUCCUGAUGUCCGCUCAAGCUAUAUGAUGCGCUAUAUGGUACCACGUGACUUUAAUGACAGCGAUAUGUAUACGAAAGCGUUGACAAAUUUAAAUUGGCAACAUUUUACAAAAAAUGAACUUUCGCUCAGCAACGAGGAUGAUAUGCUUAGCAAAACAAUUAUUGAUAGCCUAGUAAUGAUAUUGGAGGAACCAGUUACGUUACUAAAUCCGAAAAACACGACAUUUUAUUAUGAAACUAAACCGCUCAUUCGGCUUAUUUCUCAGAUAACUAACUCUAUUUUACCAACGACAAUACAAAGACAUAAACUCACACAGUAUCCAAAUGAUAUACGACAUGAAGGCGGUGUAAAACUUUUAAGCCGUGGCAGUCUGUUUGAGCGUCAAAACCAUCUUGCGCAAGACGCUGAUAUUAAAACAGGCCAAAGCAUGGUGCCAAUAGCAAUAUCAACAAGUAAACACGGUAAUGCAGACGUUUGUGAGUCUUGUCAAAUGCGAGAGCAAGUCAAGUUGAAAAGUUUAGAAUCUAUAAAAAAUAUAAUUUUGAAGCGCUUGCAAUUGCAACGUUUACCUAAUAUAACUAAGCCCAUCGUUGUUCCGCACAGUAUUAUUGAUAAAUUUUAUAAAAAGUAUAAUGGCGCAAUGACAGACAACGGCGCCGGCAACAGCAUGAACUAUAAGUUACAAAAUGCCGAUUUAAAUGGACCACAAUACAUGAAGAUUGCCACGAUGCACAGGGCGCAUUAUCAGUAUGCACAACAGGGUCUUUUCGAUAAACAAAAUACGCAAGGGAAGUAUCAAACGAUACACAGCAGUUCACGCAGUAAAUCUUCGCUUGGCUCUUCCCACACUCCGAUUCGUUCCAAUGACAAAUACGGCAAAUUAUUCGAACCGACUAACCAGGAGCAAAAUGAUGAUGAUGUGCAGAAUGAUGGACUUCAUCUCCUCUACUAUGAUCAACAAAUGCUGAACAUCAAUAAGCAUAAAGAACCUAUGAAUUUUCAGCAAGAACAACUGUUUCUGUCCAAUAAAGAUGAUGUCUUACCUCAGGAGAGUUUAGGUACAUAUGACUACAUGAGGGACAUAGACGAUGAAUCUUUAUCGCAUGUUAACAGUAUAUACAUUUUUCCUACCGCUACUCGCGUUCGCCACAAUCGCAGGUGGGAUGUUAUAAAUUUUAAUUUUGACCACAGUCAUCUAACCAUAGUUCGCACGGUAAUUCAUCUUUACAUACAUGGUCGGGAUUGGAUGCGUAAACAUUAUCCCGAAAUAUUGGAGCAAAAGGUCGUUGAUGGCAGGACAAUGCGACGUCGUGACCUUAUAAUUAUGAUACAUCAUGUCGCGCGACGUCCACAUUAUCAAAAUCUCACACAUACGUUAAAAUUAGUAGAGAGCCGUCAUCGCAUACCAGCAGGCCUGGGAGAAUGGGUACAAUUCGAAGUUAAACACAAAGUGCCAAUCUGGUUGAACCAAAAUUAUGUUACAAUGACGCUCGCAAUAAAGACGCGUGAGGCUUGGAUGCGACCGUUUUUAGCAAUCGACACAGAAGACACACAAAAUAAACAAUUUCCACUACAUAUCGAAGCAUUUAUCAAGCAACCUCGUCGCCGUAAACGAAGUACAUCGUUAGAUUGCCACGAGAGUGACCACGAGGUGCGUUGCUGCCGUUAUCCACUAAAAGUGAAUUUUACUAAUUUUGGUUGGAAUUUUGUCGUUGCGCCGACCUCAUUCGAUGCAUUCUUUUGUAAUGGGGAGUGUAAAGUUGGCUAUCUGGAACAGUAUACUCAUACGCACAUUGCAUCAUUAACCACAUCGGCGACGCCAUGCUGCUCACCAACCAAAAUGAAUCCUUUGAGUUUACUUUACUUUGAUCAAGAUCAUAAUUUAGUAUUGAGCACGAUACCGAAUAUGUCGGUAGAGAAAUGCAGUUGUUCGUAAAGAAAACAAUAAAUUCAAAAGAAAUAAAAAAUCAGUAGGGUUAAAAAAUAAAGAGCAUUGAUUGCAACCGCAUGUCGAAGGAAACGUAUUCAAAUUAGGAUUCCUUAAUCCAAAAUAAAAAUGCAAGCUCAUUUUGGUCCAUACCACUGUACAACAAUAUGGUGCGCGUGUCGCAGACUUUGGGAUUCAUUACAUAUUUCGACCAAUAUUUAUUAGCGGCCGCUCAUCAUCUGUAUGUCGGGUGACAUCAACGCAAAUAACGAAAUCGAAGAAGAUAGACCAUUUAUCAAACAAAGGCCAGUGCGUUGUCUGUGAAAAAGGGUAAAAUUGCAUAAUAACCAACUUUCGAAAUUCGUUCACUUUAUAAUAGAGAUUUUGGAAUAAAACUUUACACAAACACUGUAUUUGAGGUGUGACAUCACUUAUGGAAAAAUUGUUGAAACUAUAAUUAUCGGACUAUAAUUAAAAAAAAAAAUCAGUUAUCAAACACUAAGAUCUGAAUGCCUGUGGCUAAUUUGUUACCGAAAAUAUUUCUCAUAUAUUUUAUAGAAAAUCUGAGAUAAUAUUUUACUUUGAAUAAUUUGCCGCUGUGCCAAAAGUGGUUGAAAUCGGUUCAUAACUUCCCCUAGCUCCCAUACACCUGAUAUACGGUGACUUUGUGGCAGAACGAGUGAAAUCGGUCCAGGAAUUGAUAAUGAUUUUCGUUAUACUAGUGGGUAACAAAUUGUGUGUUAUCUUAAUAAAAUUAAAUAAAUAAAUUGCGAGUGUGUAGAAUGUUCCGUUACACACGAACCUAUCUUUUCCUUUCGUA